AUGGGUGACGACACUGCGGAGGUCCCAAAGAGCGGAUAUUUUUAUAGGGGUGGAAAUGCUGACCCAUCAGAUACAGACCUUCCGAAUUAUCGAGGGGGAGUAAAUAUCUCCAUUACCACGGACCUUAUCACCCUCACGAACUGCUAUCAUGCUUUUCGUGCCGUUAUACACAAGGCUCGACUAAUAAUAUUCGAGCUUGCACGUCGCCAAAGUCGCCAAAGUUGGUUUUCUCGAUUGCGAGACUCACGAUGUAUUGCGCUUGGGGGAGAUGCCCGAAAGCUCGACGAGCAGCUUGCGGACCUGCAUGAGGGCAUCGAAAGGCGCCUUUCGGUAGAUGACCUAGUUGCUGGCCCACACUAUGACCUCCUGGGCGAUGUACCGAUAUCAAUCCCGUUCAAGCGCCUGAUUUACUCCCACGACCGCCUCAGCGAGAUUGACAGGGACCUUAAAAGACACCUGCUUUCCCUAGAAAAGGGGUUCAGACAGAACGUGGUCGAGCCGUUAAAGCAGAAUCUCAUCCACCAGACGAUCCCGGACUAUUCAGCGUUGACUGUCGAAGCUCAAAAGGUUGCGACGGAGUUCGAUCAGGCAGCCUAUACUUAUCGCUCCGCAGUGAAUGAGAUCGGGAAAGUUGUCAUAGGGUCAACCAGUUGGGGCGAUGUGAAAAGAAUUGCAUCCGAUAUUGACGGUCUGAUGAGGACGGCAAAUGGUCUCGGCUGGGAACAGCACAAUGAUCAGGAAUUCGAGGGUCUGAAUCUCAGCAAAGUGUUUGACUCUGCCGAAGCUCCUCAGAAAAUCAUAGAUUACCUUGAAGACAAGGUUCGCUCUCUCAGGCACGAGAACUCUCUUCCGCUGGAGACGCCCGAAACCAAAGAUCGUCAAGCAGGCACGCGAACCCACUUCCGUCGGAACACCAGGAACCUAAGAUCGUCGAGCGGGCGCCACGGUGAGGACGUUGAGGCCGUGGUUUGA